GGUUGUUGGAUUCUGCAUAAUGCGACACCUUGGACGCUCACAAAUCCAUUUCGGGGCACGAUCAGGUCGCACUGGUGCCAAAAUCGGUGCGUCCGCGACUCGGGCACACAAAAUCCCAAGACCUUGAGGGUUGCGACUGGCUGGCGAUGGCUGUGAUUUUUCUUCUUCUCGGCCCGACCGACUGCGGCUAGAUGCUGGUCGCACUGAACAAAUCGGACACGCAAAGUACGCGAAGCUGGCACUUGGACACACUCACGAGAACAUACUAGUCGGUUAAUUGCAGGGGUUUUCGCACCGCUUCCAGCACUGACACAUCCCGGUGUGGUAAGAACACGAAAAUACAGCGCAGACUGAUUUGGACGGCGAGAACACAGCAAUAUGGCCGACUUGUUUCUGUGUGGCACAGGCAGGGAAAUAUGUGAUUUGACCCUGAGGACUAGCGGGUCCGGAUAACGCCCGCUCAUUGGUCCGUACGUUGCCAACUCACGCGCUCAUUGGUUGCCGCCCCGGGCUCCGCAGCUUUUGGUUGCGCCCGCCAGGGAGCGAAUACAAACGUAAACAUGCAAUGCGCUGCUCAAUCUCCGCUGCUGGGCAGGCAGGCCAUGCUCGCCAUCUAUUGGUUGAAGAAGCAAAAAUAUUCAGAAAAAUCUGGCUUUCUUUUAUUUAGAUCUAAAUUUAAUAAUUUUUCAAUUUUUUCAUGUAUUUUUGCCUGUAGAGUGACAUAGAAUUCAUUUAAUUUUUCUUUAAUUUAGUUUUCUUGUUAUCGUUAAUUCUGGUUAAUUCCCUUUUUCUGCGUACAGUUAACUUAAAAGUUUGUUCCGCGGUUUGUGGUAGCACUGCUAUUGCGAACAUAACAAUAACAAUACAUCAGCUGCUUGCGAAUCUUGAAUCUUGCCUUUUUUCCCUUCAAACUUGCCUGCCAAAAAGCCGAAGCCUGAAAGAAUUCCAGAUUCAAGUCUGACCAAAGUCUAUGUAAAAGAAGCUGCUGGAGAAUGAUCGUCCUUGGCAUGGAGGGUAGUGCUAAUAAAAUUGGUGUGGGAAUAAUAAAAGACGGCGUCGUCUUGGCAAAUCCAAGAAGAACUUACAUCACCCCACCAGGAGAAGGAUUUCUUCCUCGGGAAACAGCUAAGCAUCACAGGGAAAAUGUGUUAGCGCUGAUCAAACUGGCUUUUAAAGAGGCACAAAUCAGUCCAGAUGAAAUCGAUGUAAUUUGUUACACCAAAGGCCCUGGAAUGGGUGCUCCAUUGGUUGUUGUCGCUGUCGUUGCUCGAACUUUGGCACAGUUGUGGAACAAACCCAUCAUUGGAGUCAACCACUGUAUUGGACAUAUAGAAAUGGGCAGGCUCAUCACUGGUUGCAACAAUCCAACGGUUCUUUACGUCAGUGGAGGAAACACACAAGUCAUUGCGUAUUCAGAGAGGAGGUACAGAAUUUUUGGUGAGACAAUCGACAUUGCUGUUGGAAACUGCCUAGACAGAUUUGCUAGAGUACUGAAGCUCUCGAAUGAUCCCAGUCCUGGGUACAACAUAGAGCAGGCAGCAAAAAAGGGAAAACGCUUUUAUCAACUCCCGUAUGUUGUGAAGGGAAUGGACGUGUCAUUCUCAGGCCUCUUAUCUCACAUUGAAAAACAGGCUCCCAAACUCAUCGAGAGUGGUGAAUACACGCCUGAAGAUAUGUGUUAUUCACUGCAAGAAACUGUUUUUGCCAUGCUGGUUGAAACAACAGAAAGAGCCAUGGCUCACUGUGGAUCUCAGGAGGCACUGAUUGUUGGUGGCGUUGGGUGCAACGAGAGACUCCAAGCCAUGAUGGCAAUAAUGUGCGAAGAGAGAGGAGCAAAGAUGUAUGCCACAGAUGAACGGUUUUGCAUUGAUAAUGGAGCCAUGAUUGCCCAAGCUGGUUUCGAAAUGUUCAGAGCAGGAAUUACAACAAAGUGGGAAGAAACAAAAAUCACACAGAGAUACCGCACGGAUGAAGUUGAAGUUGUAUGGAGAGACCAAUAAUUUUAAAAUUA